AUGCAGCUUCUACAGUCUAUCUUUCUUGUGCUGCUUCUCAGCUACGAUGUACUUUCGGCGCCAACAGCUCCCCAGACUCAGCACAAAGGCAGGUCCUUUAAGGUUGACCGGGUGCGCCGAAGUAACACCGUGCAUGGCCCUACUGCUCUUCGCAGAGCAUACCAGAAAUACGGCAUCGUUCCUAUGAAUAUAGGAUUUGACCUCUCGGACUUUGAGCCCAUCAGCGUGAAGAAAAUAAGCCCAUCGGGAUCGGCAUCUUCGACUUCGUCUGCACCGGAGCCGGAGCAGACAGGGGCAGUCAGUGCCACCUCCAUCCAGGAAGAUGCCGAAUUCGUCUCCCCAGUGACCAUCGGAGGCCAAAAGAUCGUCAUGGACUUUGAUACUGGCUCAGCUGACUUUUGGGUGAUGAACUCAAAUCUUCCGUCCGAUGAGAAAAAGGGUCACACCGUGUUUGAUCCUUCAAAAUCCAGUAGUUUCAAGACUAUGGAGGGUGCUACAUUCAAGAUCAGCUAUGGUGACUCGUCAUAUGCCUCUGGAGAAGUGGGCACGGAUACCGUUGAUAUCGGCGGUGCAACCGUCACGAAACAAGCCAUUGGCAUCCCAACCACCGUAUCCGACUCCUUCAUCGACGAGCCAUCGUCCAACGGACUGGUUGGUUUGGGAUUCUCCAAGCUCAACACCGUUCAACCCGACAGACAGAAGACCUUUUUCGAAAACCUCGCUGAGAACCUUGACGAGCCCGUUCUUGCGGCGUCUCUCAAGAGCAAUGGCGUUGGCGAGUAUGAGUUUGGUUUCAUCGACCAUAGCAAAUAUCAGGGAGAUAUGGUGAAUAUCACCGUCGACUCAUCUAAUGGAUACUGGGAGUUUGAAUCCGCACGGUUUUCUGUUGGUAAUGGAGACUUACAAAACAUCGAAAAGACACCCACUGCCAUUGCUGACACGGGAACCUCGCUGAUGCUGGUCAGCCCGGAGGUGGUGGACGCAUACUACAAACAGGUCGAGGGCUCCGUGUAUGCCGAUUCGGCAAGUGGUUGGAUCUAUCCCUGCGGCGCUGACCUGCCUGAUCUGUCGGUUGCCAUCGGAGAUGCACACCUUGCGACGAUUCCAGGUGCAUUGAUUGAUUACUCGGAGGUGGGCAUCAACACGACGACUGGCAAAGCUGUAUGCUAUGGCGGUGUUCAAACAAACCAGGGCACCUCGAUGCAGAUCUUUGGCGAUGUGUUCCUGAAAGCCUUAUAUGUUGUCUUUGAUAUGAGGGGUCCAUCUCUUGGAUUUGCCGCUCCUGCUUAG